AUGCCUUCAGAGUGCCCACCCCCCGGCUAUAGCCCACGAACGUCGAACCUCUCUUUCGUUCUCAAAAACCCACACGAUGUCGAAUUCGUCGAGCGAACGAUUCCUCAUCUUUCGUCACCGAAGGACGUGAUAGUUGCCAUCAACUACACUGGAAUAUGCGGCUCAGAUGUGCAUUACUGGGACCAUGGCAGGAUCGGCCACUUCGUGGUAGAAGAACCUAUGGUCUUAGGUCAUGAGUCCUCCGGAACAGUAGUCGAAGUCGGCAGCGCUGUCACAAGCCUUCAGCCCGGCGACAAGGUUGCUAUCGAGCCUGGCUAUCCGUGUCGAUGGUGCGCCGAAUGUCUAGCAGGUCGGUAUAACCUGUGCCCUGACAUGGUGUUUGCGGCCACGCCUCCACACCACGGCACGCUCACCGGGUUUUGGGUUGCUCCGUUCGACUUCUGCUACAGACUGCCUAAGAACGUUUCUCUCCAGGAGGGUGCCCUUAUUGAGCCUCUAGCAGUGGCGGUUCAUAUCGUAAAGCAAGCUCUGCCAACGACGUUUCCUGGGGCAAGCGUUGUCGUGAUGGGAGCAGGCCCGGUAGGCAUUCUGUGUGGCGCAGUUGCGAAGGCCUUUGGUGCGACCAAGGUCAUUGCCGUCGAUGUGAUACAAGGCAAGCUGGAAUUUGCGAGGGAGUUUGGGUUCACGCACGUGUACUUAUCCCAACGCAUCUCGGCGGAGGAUAAUGCCAAAGCGCUUCUUCACCAAUGCGGUCUUGAAGAAGGCGCGGACAUCGUUAUUGAUGCAAGCGGAGCAGAAAGCUCAAUUCAAACCAGCCUUCAUGUCGUGAAAGCAGGAGGCACUUACGUUCAGGGCGGCAUGGGCAAGGCUGAUAUCAGCUUUCCCAUCAUGGCCCUAUGCCAAAAGGAGGUGGCUGCCAAGGGUAGUUUUAGGUACGGGCCUGGUGACUACAAACUUGCUGUUGAGCUCGUGGCCAGUGGCGCAGUACAAGUCGAGAAGCUUAUCACUGGUGUGGUGGAUUUCAGUGAUGCGGAAAAGGCAUUCCGCAGAGUAAAGGAGGGCAGCAUUGGGAAGACUCUUAUUGCAGGUCCUAAUGAAGUCUCCUUAGCAGGACAGAACAAGAAGCACACGAGUGUUCUCAAGUAG